AUGUACAAUUCCACCACCCACGGCUCGGUGAAGAUUGGCUUUCCUUCCCCGGAGAUAUUCAAGCUUCCAAGUCAACCUCACAAAGUAGCACCGCAUCUUCGCGUCCCACCGUCAAAUGUGCAUGCACCCCAAUAUCUCUACUUCUUUGAUAUCAACCGUGACGUCUACCAUACUGUGGUAAAUCUGAGAUUCGUCCUCACUUUCAUACUUGCAUAUGUUUCCACAGUUUUGUUUUUGAAUCAAUACAAUGCCAGCCGUCAAUACAGACCAUGGGCCAUUAGCAAGUCAACUUUCUUCAAGACGUUCGUCUUUGUGCACAAUGUCUUAUUGUCACUAUUUUCUGCAUGGGUCUUGAUUGGAAUCAUACAUGGGGCCAUUGCCCAUCGCCCUCGAGUGGAACACGGUUUCUACGCUAGUAUGGUGGAAUAUAUGUGUCAAACAGACGCAGGCGCAUUUCAACUCUCGACAGAUGCAAAAAGUUUCGUAGACGGGGGAGCCACAUACUUUGGCUGUCUCUUCUACCUGAGCAAAUACUACGAAGUUGUUGAUACGUUGAUUAUUCUUGCCAAGGGGAAGCAAAGUUCGACUCUGCAAACAUAUCAUCAUGCUGGUGUCAUUCUGUGUGGAUGGUCAGCAGUAACUUUCGAAUCUCCCGUGGGUCUCGUGGGAGUGUUGUUGAAUGCAGCAGUCCAUACUUUGAUGUAUGCAUAUUUUGCCCUCCAGACGGUUGGGAUUCGGGUUUCCAUGAGCAUCAAACGCUCUCUAACUGGCAUUCAAAUCGCCCAAUUCCUCAUUGGCAUGGUCUGGAGUUUCACUUAUUUGUUUAUGGGCUAUACGAUUCCUUCAAACAUGGCAGACAAGUCUGCGAGGAAUGCUUCAACGCCAGCAACUGACUCUUAUGCCAGCCACGUUCAUUCUUCGGUCGGAGACUCCGGCGACACUAGGAUUCCAUGCUUAAGCGACAGCGGGGAGGCUAAUCCCCUGUUUAUGACGAACAUAUAUCUUUUGCCCCUGAUAUAUCUCUUUGUGCAAUUUUUUAUCCGAUCUUACAGGAAAGAGAAAAAAUAA